AUGGAACGGUGGUCGAAGCUUGACAAAAAGAUGGUUCAGCGUGGGUGUUAUCUAGCAUGGAACAUUUGGUUCGAAAGGAAUAGAUUCGUCUUUGGGGAAAAUUGUUGUCCUUUACCGGUAUUGAGCCAAAGAGUGAGUAGGCAAGUGGAGGAGUUCACGGAAUACCAAUCCCGGAUGCAAGGCCCGCCGCGACAGAACCGAUGCGUGAGCUCGUGUAGCUGGCACGCUCCGCCGCCAGGUACGGUUAAAAUAAACACUGACGCUUAUCUUGGUGUGGAGGGAUGGGUGAGUAUAGCUACGGUGGCGAGGAACUCUGCUGGGGAGGUCCUCUUUGCUAGUGUCCGAAAACAGCAAGCUCGAUGGCCGGUGGAUAUUGCUGAGUGUAAGGCUAUCCUAUUUGCGGUACGGUGUGCGCGAUCUCAUGGUUUUUCGGAUGUCAUAAUUGAGUCGGAUGCUAUGGUAGUAGUUUCGAGGUUGACCAAAGGGUCUUUAUUUUUAUCUGAUUUAGAUUCUGUAUUAGGGGAUGUCCUUUAUUUAAGCAAAAGUUUGAAUUCUGUUUGUUUUAGUCAUGUUAGAAGGGAUGGGAAUGCUGUAGCCCAUAACCUUGCUAGAGUUGUGCCGUUGGGUGUCGAGCAGUGUUGGGAAAAUCAUUGUCCCAGGGAAGUUGCUCCGUAUGUAUUGAUGGACGUUCUGUCCCUUGAUUGA